CUUUCGGCUUGCAAUAAAACUUUAAAAGAAAGUAAAAGAAAAAAAGGGAUUAAAGUUUGCUCCAGAUGGAGGCAUUGUUCCCACCGGAAAUGGACCAUACAGGAAGUAGGAUAGCCCUUGGAGCCAGAAGAAUAUGGACCACCAUGCCCUACAACCUGAAAGAAAGUGAGUCACACAGAAGGGGAGCCCUCUUUGAGUAGAAAGCAAGCAAAACAAAAGGGCAAAACCCAGCACUUUAUAGUUUUUCUCCCGUACCAAGCAAGCAUAUAUGCCUAACAAAAAUAAUACAGAAACCACUUACUCUCCCCAAACACACUUCCCUCACAUCUUUCCCCAUUUACGCUUCUUCCUUGACACUUAUGUUGCUCCCUGACAGUAAAAAGUAGUGCAUAUAGAUAAAAAAUCGUCUGAGGUGCGAAAAUAAAUUUGAGUUUCCCACUUUAAGGCCAACCUUCUUUGUUCCCUUUUUCUUUCCAGACAUUCCCAGGCUACUAAAACUUCCCUAUAUAAGUUUCUCACAACUAACAAGUGUUACUUUGUGAUCUUAGACGGUCUGUAUAGAGAGAGAGGCUGAACUAGAAGAAGCUGCCAUGAAACUAGGUCUCCAUCCUAUGGAAUGUAGAAGAAAUUGUAAGAGAUUGUGGAUUCUGCUUCUCUAUGUCUCUAUUGCAGCUACCCUCUUCAAUAACUGUGAUGCAAGGAGAUCAAGGCAAUUGUUCAAGUUUGAAGGUGCCACUCAUCCAAGUUCAAACAUCAAAGGCACAAAGACGCUAAGAUUAUCAAACCACUUGGAUGUAGAUCCAUCUUUAGAUUCCACUAAUUCCCUACCCUAUGGUGUAAGUUCACCUUUCACUUUGCCACCUUUUGAUUCCUUAGGACCAAUUCCAUUGCCUGAAAAUACCCCUCCGGUUUGUGUAUUUCCACCUUCCACCCCACUACCCCCUUCUACAACCACUCCAACCCCUGUGGUCUAUUAUGCACAGCCACCCCCACCACCCCCUUCAGAAUUCCCACCCAUUUUUCCCAACCCAAGCCCAUCUGGUACAAUCCCUAACCCACCUGAAUAUGCCCCGACUCCAAAUCCACCAGAAUAUGGGCCUAGCCCACCAGGAACUGUUCCGAGUCCUCCAGAAAUAGUACCAAGUCCACCAGAAUACAUCCCUAACCCACCUGAGUCCGCACCUAGCCCACCAGAAUACAUCCCCAAUCCACCUGAGUCCGCACCAAGUCCUCCAGAAUACAUCCCUAGCCCACCUGAGUCCGCACCAAGCCCACCUGAAUAUAUCCCUAGCCCACCUGAGUCUGUACCAAGCCCACCUGAAUAUGAGCCCAGUCCCCCGGGUUUUGUUCCAAGCCCACCUGAAUAUGAGCCUAGUCCCCCAGGUAUUGUUCCUAGUCCACCUGAGUAUGUUCCAAGUCCUGGCGGAAUUGUUCCGAAUCCACCUGUGUUUCUACCACCGGUUGUGUACCCUCUCCCACAUGUACCACCCCCUCCAUAUACAGCACCUGUAAAACGUCUGUGGUGCGUUGCUAAGCCGGCAGUCCCUGAUCCGAUCAUUCAAGAAGCCAUGAAUUAUGCUUGUGGAUCUGGAGCUGACUGUAGUUCAAUUCAGCCUGAUGGAACCUGUUUCAAGCCUGAUACAUUGUUCGCGCAUGCUUCUUAUGCUUUCAACAGUUUCUGGCAAAGAACGAAAUUAGCUGGAGGCACUUGCGAUUUUGGAGGAGUAGCCAUACUGAUCAGUGUGGAUCCAAGUUAUGAUGGGUGCCAUUUCCUCAACUUCUGAUUAUUGAAACAAUGGAAGCCAUUAUUCGGUUAUAGCUUCUUUUGGAGAUUAAAUAAAGGUUUUUUGUAAAGAAAUCAUCACUUUUUCCCCCAUGAAAUAUUCUCUAGAGUCUUAUACAUGAAUUUUGCAAUCAAAGUUCCAAUGAUAUACAAAAUUAUUUUUUAAGAGAGGAUGUCAUAAGGAGUGAGGUCUCCUAGGGUUUUGGCUUCGGAUUGGGACAUAAAUUUUUCUUCUUUUGUAUUUGUGGACCUACUUCAGCCUCUCUGCCAUCAGAUGUAUAAACUGCAUUGCAGUAAUCAGACUAUAUAUUACUUAAUUACAUGUUAGCAA